UUGAAUGCGGAAGAGGAAAACGCUUCCCUUCGCGCUUCCGGGUUCCGCCUCGCGCACAAACGGACGGACUGAUCAUUCGUACUGGGAGCUCUCCGGCGCUUUAACGCACUCGAGAUGGCCUCUCGGUUACCGGCAUGCGUUGUGGAUUGUGGCACAGGAUACACCAAACUGGGAUACGCAGGAAACACGGAGCCGCAGUUCAUCGUUCCCUCAUGUAUCGCCAUCAAAGAGUCGGCGAAAGUGGGCGAUCAGGCCCAGAGGAGGAUGAUGAAGGGCGUGGAUGACCUGGACUUCUUCAUCGGAGACGAAGCCAUUGAUAAACCCAACUACGCCACUAAAUGGCCCAUCCGGCACGGGAUCGUGGAGGACUGGGAUCUGAUGGAAAGGUUUAUGGAGCAGGUGAUCUUCAAGUAUCUGAGAGCCGAACCUGAGGACCAUUACUUCCUGCUGACCGAACCUCCUCUAAACACUCCAGAGAACCGCGAGUACACGGCCGAGAUCAUGUUUGAGUCCUUUAACGUGCCGGGGCUGUACAUCGCUGUGCAGGCUGUUCUGGCUCUGGCAGCGUCAUGGACGUCUCGACAGGUCGGUGAGAGAACCCUCACAGGAACCGUCAUCGACAGCGGAGACGGAGUUACUCACGUCAUUCCAGUGGCGGAGGGUUACGUGAUCGGCAGCUGCAUUAAACACAUUCCCAUCGCGGGACGAGACAUCACCUACUUCACACAGCAGCUGCUGAGAGAGAGAGAGGUGGGCAUCCCUCCGGAGCAGUCGCUGGAGACCGCCAAAGCCGUCAAGGAGCGCUUCAGUUACGUCUGUCCUGAUCUGGUGAAGGAGUUCAGUAAGUACGAUACGGACGGAUCUAAAUGGAUCAAGCAGUACACCGGCAUCAACGCCAUCAGCAAGAAAGAGUUCACCAUUGACGUGGGCUACGAGCGCUUCCUGGGACCAGAGAUCUUCUUCCACCCGGAGUUUGCUAACCCGGACUUCACUCAGCCCAUCUCUGAGGUGGUGGACGAGGUCAUUCAGAACUGCCCGAUCGAUGUGCGCCGUCCGCUCUAUAAGAACGUGGUCCUGUCGGGCGGCUCCACUAUGUUCCGUGACUUCGGCCGGCGUCUGCAGAGAGACCUGAAGAGGACGGUGGACGCGCGUCUGAAGCUCAGCGAGGAGCUCAGCGGAGGGAAACUCAAGCCCAAACCCAUCGACGUGCAGGUCAUCACCCACCACAUGCAGCGCUACGCCGUGUGGUUCGGAGGAUCCAUGCUGGCGUCCACCCCGGAGUUUUACCAAGUGUGCCACACCAAGAAGGACUACGAGGAGAUCGGGCCGAGCAUCUGCCGCCACAACCCUGUGUUCGGUGUCAUGUCCUAAACACACACACACACACACACACACACACACACACGAGCACGUAUGGGAUGGUAGGGUGAAGAAAUGAGAAAUGUGUUUUCUAUUAUUGGUCCCGUCAGAGUAGAUCUGUGUCCCACUGACCGGUUCACCGCGACUGCUGGACACCACGGGUUUCUUGAGUUUCUGUUGAUUUUAUCCCAGUGUAAGCACCGAAGCGCUUCAGUCUGUGUGUGUGUGUGUGUGUGUGUGUGUGUGACGCCAGUAACUGACCUCUGAUCACCAGAUUUGAUGAACCUGGACCGGUCUCAUUAUUGUCAUUAAGGUGUAAAGAAUCACAUGUGUUUGGCUCCAUCCUCUUCUUCAUUUGAAUGUUUAAUGACCCGAACUCCUAGCACAUUAAAACAAGUCUUUCUGAUCUACUUUGAUACUUCCUUUUGAGCUCUUAAAUUUGUGACUAAAAGAAAACUGUAAAAAAAAAAAAUCCAUAUAUUUUCUCUCUGUCUGUCUUUUUCUUCAUGGCAUUUUAGAUACUCACCUGUUUUACCUCGAGAGGUCGUUUAUUCAUGAACGUGCUUGAGCAGAAUCAGUAUUAGCAGAAGCUGGUUUAGAGAGAGACAGACACACACCGGUGGGAUUUGAGUGUAAUGGUGAAACAUUCCAAUAAAAGCUCAUGGUUUC